AUGUCAGGCGACGCACAGGCAGACAUCGGCUUGAUCGGCUUGGCUGUCAUGGGCCAGAACUUAAUUCUCAACAUGAACGAUCAUGGUUUCACGGUACGUCCUCGUUCACGCAGAUUUAAAUUGAAACAAAUGUUUCAGGUUUGUGUUUUCAAUCGCACAGUGUCGAAAAUCGCAGAUUUUUUGAAUAACGAAGCCAAGGGAACCAAGAUCGUUGGCGCUAAAAGUAUUGAAGACAUGUGCAGGUUGGUCGAUUGCUUUAGUUUUUAAUAAGAUCGACGAGAAAAUUGACAAAAUAAUUUGAUUGCUUUGAGGCGAAGUAAACUGUGUAAUUUCUGAUCAUUAUAUCUUUUCGAAGGCCGGGCGCGCCGUAGCGCAACAGGUUGUGUGCUUUUCUACGGUCCACAGGGUCACAAGUUCGAUCAUCGACCCAACCAAGGGGUUUAAGAAAUGUUGGUAGUGGGAAAACACGGCUUCAUAAUCCCCAGCCGUCACACAUAAUGACGGAUAUGUCACUGGAACCAGUCCACUGAUAUCAGGGUAGGACCUCGGCUAAACGACUUGGGGCGCCGAUGCCGCUCAAGCGGUACAAAGGCGUGAGAAGAAGAAGAAGAAUAUCUUUUCAAAGACCAACAAGAGUGUUUUAAAGAAAAUGAAGAUCAUUCAAGAUAUUAGACAAUUCAGUAGAAACGUGCUCUAAAUACUGAAAGGGAUUUCCGACGGAAUACCAACACAACUUGGGGUUCAGACAGCUGAAGCGACCGCGACGCAUCAUGCUGCUGGUUCAGGCCGGCGCGGCCGUCGACGCCAUGAUCGACGCCAUUAUUCCGCACCUCGAGGCUGGCGACAUCAUCAUCGACGGCGGAAAUUCCGAUUUCAACCAUUCCAACGUCAGUUGCAAAAUAUUUGAUCAUAUUCUUGAAAGGCAAUGUGUAUUUUUAAUAGGGAUGUUCAAGGCAUCUUCAUGUCAUUUUAAAUUGCUCUUUUAUAAAAAAAGGCAUUAUGAUUUCAUAUUAACAACAAAGAAGUCAUUUCAGAGACGAGCUGAGCAAUUGCAGUCUAAGGGACUUUUGUUCGUCGGCUGCGGAGUUUCAGGCGGCGAAGACGGUUCGUUUCAUUCUUGGUUUUGUUUCUGGACGGCUGAAGGCAGAGAAAUAGUUGAUCCGUCCACUGAAAUUCUCUUUUCCGUUCAGAAAAAGGUGAACACAAACCGGAAGGUGUGGAACUAUUGA